AUGGCCGCGGUACAACAACUGCUGGCCAGUCCGUCGCCGAGUCCAGCGCAGCCGCCAAAUGGACUGAACGGAAACGUCUCUCCUGACACUAUGCCUAUAGAUCGAGUCAGCCAAAGCCCCGUCAUGCUUCAUGGUCGAUCUUUGAGAGGAGCGCCAGAGGAGGGCGAUAAGAGAAUUGCGGUUGUUAUUUUUGGGCAGGGUCAAGAACGAGUUGUAUCAAUUGUCGCCGAAGUCCUCGGUAAACCCUUCAAAGUCAAGAACUCUUUCAAAGACGUAACUAGCGAUGAGCACGGAUUUGUCGUGGGCAUUCCAGCUGGUGAUGCCAAAGGGGACAUUGCAGACCGAAACAAGGAGUUGGUGGUUGCCAUUCAUACUCACUGCGUUACCCUAGGGAUGCCCCCCGAUGAAAAGCUUUCGACACAUUGCGAUUACGAGUUUCUGUAUGUGGAAUCUCCGUAUUUUCGACGUUAUCUCUCUCGCUUCAUAUCUUUCACCUUGGGCCAGAUCAGUCACCAUGAAGAGCUCAUGGCCAAGCCAAGGACAUUAUUCAUGUCCACAACAUUUCCCGACGUCCGUGCCGCGCUACCCAAUCUCGACAUCCUCACUGUUGGAUCUGAUGCCAUAGAAAUUCGAGUUGAUCUGCUUCGCGAACCCCUCCCUAAUGGUGGAUUCUCAGAGGUUCCCAGCUUGAGCUAUGUCGGAGAGCAGGUUAUGCUUCUGCGGGAACGGACUGAAUUGCCCAUCAUUUUCACAACCCGUUGCACCAAUGAAAAUGGCAGGUUCCCGAUGCACGAUCCAACUCUCUACCAUCAGUAUCUCUACAGAGCUAUUCAAUGGGGCAUCGAGUACAUCGAUGUUGAGCUCUGGCUUCCUGAAGAUAUUCGUCGGGAUUUGUGGCAGCGCAAAGGCAACUCCCGCAUCAUGUCGGCGUUCCACGACUUCUCUGGCACCUUCAAGUGGCCGUCUCAGUACGCACAGGACAUAUUUCAGCGAUCUUGCCCUUAUGCGGAUAUUGUUAAGAUGAUUGCCAUCAUCAAUGAACAUAACGAGAAUUUUGAAUUGGAAUACUUCCGUUCCAAAAUGCGAUCAGAAUAUCCUGAUGCACCACCACUGUCUGCCGUAAAUAUGGGCGAAACUGGACAAUUUUCGAGAACCCAGAACAAGGUUUUCACCCCAAUCACACAUCCUCUUCUCCCGAUAAUUGCGGCACCUGGUCAGAUGAGUACGGCUGAAAUCCACCGAGCACUGUGUCAGUUGGGACAGCUGCCAAUGAAGAAAAUAUACGGCGUCAGCUCCCUGUUUAGCCGAAGUGCUGUUCCACAAGCGCCUUUUUAUGAAAAGUGCUUCAACGAGCUGGGACUUCCUCAUCGAUUUGCCAUUAUCGAACGGCAACCAAACAACUUUGCUGGUAUGGAAGCAUGGUGUAACCAGAGGGACUUUGGAGGAGCAUACCUUGAUCCUGGCAUCUCGGUCCAGACGUUGUCGAAGCAUAACAAAUUCUUUGCCAGGCUGAACAAUGGACAGGGGCCCACGUUGACGGAAGCGGCUCGAGCAAUUGGUAUCGUCGACACCAUUGUCGUGAAAUCCGGAUCUUCCACUACGUCCUCUCCGCCGUCCAUACCAUCCAGCCCCCACAGUCGACACAGCUCAGCCGGCCCAUAUGGACAAAACGGAUUGUCGACUGGCUCGUCACUCAUCUUUGACAAUGCUGGCUGGAGAGGCAUUAUGCAUACCUUGACAAGGGAUCUAGCCCCUUCGGCGUAUUUUGGCAGAUCGGCUGUUGUUCUUGCCUCUGCGUCGGAUGACGCCGCUCCAGUGUUCUAUGCUUUGAAAGCUCUGAAGAUUGCCAAGAUCUACACUGUUGGUUUCAGGACUCCUGUUGCCCUUGCCCGCCAUGCUCCCCAAAUCGAACAAUUCAUCAGCAUGGAGAGCCUUCAACGUGCAAGGUCCGUGGCGGACAGCCAAGCUCCGUUCGUAAUUGUCUCAGCUCUAGGGCCUGACAAGGGGAAUCUUGUGAGCAUGAUGCUGCGUGUAUUCGCCGCUGCUGGUAGGGAAGGUGCGCCAAACGUCAACAAAGUCUUUUUAAACUUGGCCGACGUGGCAGCAAGAAAAACAAUAGAUCCUCACGAAACGGCAGAAAAGAGUGGAUUUGCGUCUUAUGGGGCCGCAGAUGUAGCUGCUUUUACCAUUGUCGAAAGUUUGAGGCUGCUUGUAGGCCAAAAUGUGCCAUACAGCUUCGUGAGGUUGGCAAGUGGCCGCCAUCACCCAUUCUGA